CCGCUUCGCAUGCCCACCCGCUAGCCAGCCCAGCCAGCCUGCCUACCUGCUCGCCAUCCGAGGAAUGCGGCCCUCCACCGCCGCUGCGACGUAGAGGACAGGUUCUCGCGGGGCUUGUCCUUUUUUUGAGUUUGUGUACUUCGUGGGUUCGGCGGUGCGCGCACCUUCUCCCUCUUGUUCUUUGGCGGUCUUCGUCAUCGCUUUGCAAGCUCGCUCGCCCGCUGCUUGCCGGCCAAGCCGGUGGAAGAAGGCGAGGAGGAAAGCGCACUUUCCGGGCCUCCCCCGUCCUCUCUUCUCGCCACCUUUCUUGCCGGUCGUAGCGACGGCAGUGAAACGCCGACGAAGCCCCUCGACGACCAGUCUUGGAGCGAGCGGUGGUUCGCAGGUGUGCAGCCCCCUUUCCCUGUGCCGACGUUCGCUCCGCGCGGAGCCUGCCACGACGACCCAACAACAACGAAACUAGAGCCGAGAAGACCCGAGACCGACCGAGCGACUCUACCGCGCCACCGACGGCCACGAGCUGCUCGCGAAGCCAGCGGACGGCACCCGAUACCUUUCUGAAGUGUGUGUAUGUUUGCAACGAGUACGCCGUUACGGUUCAUCGUGCCCGCCUGGUAGUAGUGUCUCGGCGCCAUGCCGGCCGCGCGCAGCCGGCCCCUGUGAUCUCGAAGACGUGCGCCUCAACUGCGUGUGGCCUAUAGUGUCCAUCUGCUGCCGUUGCUGCUGCCGCCGCUGAAAGUGUGAUAGACGCCGCUGGAAACCGCGGCGGCGUUUUCGUCGUUUUCGUCGACCGGUUGGCCCCAGCCAUGCGUGGGCCAACGUUGCUGCAGUUGGUGAUCGCCGCCGCCUUCGCGGCGGCCCUGGUGCUGCCUCCGUGUCUGGGGCACGUAGCCCUAACCUUCCCGCCGGCGAGGCGGUACGACUUGGACUUUCUCGACAACGGCCGAACCAAAGGGCCCUGCGGAAUGCCCAAAAGUGACAUCAUCACAACACUACCAGUUGGUGCCACAAUCAAUGUUACAUGGCAUUUGGCAUAUCCGCAUAAGGGAGGCUUCAAGUUAGAGUUGCUUGAUGCUGAGGAGAAGCACUUACAAGAUCUGACACCAUCUUCAGAAUUUCUUGGCUUGGGUGAUGCAACGGCUCAGAGCUCAACCGUGCGUCUACCCGGGUCUGUCACUUGUCGCGGCUGUUCGAUUCGCCUCCUGCGGCAGGCAUCCGAGUGGGGCGGAAAGUACCUCUUCUGGAGUUGCGCAGACGUUGACCUCGUCCCAGUGCCAGAGUUCAACGUCAUCUGCUCUGGUCAUGGGAGAAUCGAUGGUGGAAGGUGCCAUUGUGACCAUCUCUACUCUGGCAAUGUGUGCCAGUACAAAGAUGAGUGCUGGAUUGACCCGGAUUGUGGACCUCAUGGGCGCUGCGUGAACAUCGAUGCCACUUCGUAUCCACGAACACAGUGCUUUUGCGAGAUGGGCUGGUUUGGAGAAGGAUGCUCAAAGCAAUCACCAAUUACUCGUGACGGACUGAAGUGGUCAGAGUAUCACAGCCGGAAACUCUCCGACAACUUCAGCUUAUACUGGAAAAUUCUGCGUCAAAGCUCAGAAAUCGAGAUGGUCAUGAAAGUCAAGGGUACAUCUUAUGCCGCUGUUGGAUGGAGGCCCAAGGACACCACAAAUGCUUGCAAGGCAUUCCCAUCUUUUCCAAUUGAAGAAAAGCGCUCAAAGCGUCAGGCUCCUACGGACACCCAUUACGAUGAUGAUGAUGCAGAAGAGGAGUCCAGUGAACCAGCCCCCAAGCAAGAGCCCCAGCCAACACCAGAACCAGCUCCAGAACCAACACCUGAGCCAACACCAGAGCCAGCACCAGAGCCAACUGCUGAACCAACACCAGAGCCAGCACCCUCCAGUGAAAAGGACCAUGCGGCUACUCCCGAGCCUAAGCCAGAGCCUGAACCAGCCCCCGAGCCAACACCAGAGCCUGAACCUACAUCAUCGUCAAUACAUGAGGCCGAGUCAGCACAGAAUGCAGAGCACAAGCCCGCUCCAGAACCAACGCCAGAACCUGCCCCAGAACCAUCUCCGGAACCAGAGCCCAAGCCUGAGCCAGGAUCGCAGUCAGAAGGAACACCAAAACCCGAGCCAGAGCCUGCACCAGAGCCAGCACCAGAGCCAGCACCAGAACCAGCACCAGAACCAGCACCCGAACCUAAAGCUGAACCCACACCACAACCUGAACCAGAGCCUGCACCAGAGUCCGCACCCGAACCGGCACCCGAACCUAAAGCUGAACCCACACCACAACCUGAACCAGAGCCAUCAGCAGAGCCUAAGCCAGAACCAGAGCCCAAACCAGAGCCAGAGCCAAAGCCAGAACCAGCACCCAAGCCAGAACCAGAACCAAAGCCAGAACCGGAACCAAAGCCAGGAGCCAAGGGGUCAACAAAAGCAGCUGGUGGCAAAGCUGAAGGCCGUAGCCUGAAUGUGGGUACGGGUCGGUACCCUCCUGCUGGGCCUUACACACCCCGCGCAGACUUCCAUCCAAUGGACUGCACAGAUAUUGUGGUGGGAGCAGCGAGAGGCAACCUGAGCCGUGUGCUAGACAUGUACACUCGAGAUCGGUCCACCCCUCGUACAGAUGCAUUUUAUGGCGGCCACGAUGACCUCUCGGCUGCAUUUGCAUACGAAGAGGAUGGCACAACUGUGGUCUUCUUUCGUAAGCCACUGGCAGCCAACGAACUGUCGGAUCAACCGCUCAAGAAUGCACCGACUCUCCUGAUCUGGGCACAAGGGCAGGAACACGGCAACUAUGUCCACUCGCCCAAGACGGGCCUGGACGAAGGCCAUGCAAGCGUGCUUGACUUUUACCGACCCGAUGAGCUCAAGUACCACGGCCACAAGGACCAAAGAGGAAGUGCCGUCAUCAACUUCCACGGAGAGACGCGGCGGGACCCAUGCCAGGGUGAAUGGCGUUACCCAUCAACAUGUCGGGGUGACAGCUGCACUUAUACCGCCAGCUGGCUGGCUAAUCCCCACACAGAAGAAGUGUCCUUCGAAAUCCGGUCAAAGAUUGCUGACCGGUGGACUGGACUCGGGUUUUCAGAGGACCGUCGCAUGCCCAACACAGAUGCCGUCAUUGGGUGGGUGGAAAAGAAUGGCCGGUUCUUUGUCUACGACAUGUGGCUGUCCGGCUACAAGGAACCAUCGAAUGAUGUCCGAUCAGAUCUGUUCAACGUGAGUGGUGAGCACGCCGACGGCAUGACCACGCUGCGCUUCGCACGCAAGUUCGACACUGGCGAUGCUGUGCACGACCUUGCCUUCGCUGAAGGCCGCUGCCUGCACCUAGUCUUUCCCGUUGCGGGUGGUACCUACAACAGCGUGCUACGCAAAAUCGGCCGCCAUGCACAAAAUCCGGCUGUCUCAAAGACGACGCUGUGCCUGCAUGGAUGCCGCGAGCCACCACCAAAGAGGCCUCCACCUCCCCCACCGUCCUUGCCGCCAGCGGAACAAGGACCAACUGGUGGAGACUCAGGUGCUUGUUCAGGCUCCUGGCGCUUCCCUGAUUCAUGUGCUAACGAUGAUUGCGAGUACACAGCCAGCUGGCACUACCAGGCCUCUUCUGACCAGGUUUUCUUCACCAUCACCACACGUAGCAACAAGUGGACAGGCAUUGGCUUCUCUACAAACAAGGCCAUGCCAAAAACAGAUGCUAUCCUGGGCUGGGUCGAAGAGACUGGACGGUACUUCAUCAUGGAUGUUUGGAUGGAGGGAUACGAGCCCCCUCUGCUGGACCCAGUUCAAGAUGUGGCCAACAUGUCGGGACACCGGCGCGAUGGCCGCACCACGCUGAGCUUUGCGCGACAGCGCUACUCCGAAGACGUUGGCUACGACCUGGACUUGGACCAAUGCCUGUACAUGGUGUUUCCAACUCACGGUGGCGUCUUCAACGCCGUUUCCAAGAAAAUCCGAAAGCAUGAGCAGAGACCCCUUGUUUCUAGCGAGCCAGUUUGCUUCACAGGCUGCCACCCACAAGGUGGUACCAGACCACCGCCACGCCCAUCACCAGGAGGAGGUACCAAGGCCUCAUCGCCAGCAGAAGACGCAGGUGAAGGCCCGAGCAUCAAUCCACCGCGGUACGUACCAAAAGGCGGGCCAAGGAAGCCUUCAGCACCAACGACACUACCACCGCCAAGCCUGGAAGAGUACCACCUACGGCUGCAAGUAUUGGAACCUUGGCAGGCCAGCUAUGGCGUGCGUGGAUCGCGGCCUUACUCGCUUCUCUCUCAGCAGCUGACUAAAGGGCUGGAAUCUGCCCUGAACGAAGUGUCCGAGAAGCACCAGAUCAAGCUUAAACGCCUUGUAAGGGAACCUGACGGUGUGGUAGCCGAGAUGCAGCUGCUGUUGCCAACAAACCGCGAUGCCCAGGCAGUAGAGGAGAGCCUGCGCACUGCUCUCUCGCCAGGACAGCUUCUUGGCGGGUUGCGUGUAAACCCGGCCUCCCUUCAGCUGCACGUGGGUGAUGCACCAGAGUCGCGCGUGCGCCAGUCUUCCCUGCCAGGUUCUGAAUCAUCAGGUGAAGAGUCGUCCAGCGAACAGAUCAAGCUGUACGCCAUCGUCGGCGCUGUUGCUGCUCUUGUUUUCCUGCUGCUAGUGCAAGCAGCUUCUAUGGCCUGCCGAAGGAAACUGCGUACCCAGCCACCUGCUCCCAACAGGGAAAAGUUGCUGACAAGCUCCCACUGGAAGGACUACUCAACCACCGCCAGCAGCAACUACAGCUACGAGAACUUCGCCUUGCGGCCCGAUGAAGACCUGGGUCCACCAGCAGGUGCACCCCGUGCCGCCAGUGUCACCUACGACCGCGGGCCCGCCCGUGCGCCGCCUCCCGCGACCAACCCAUAUGCCACAGCCCAGAGGCGGCAGCCGCAGGAGAUGAAUCCAGAUUUCUACUUCAUGCCGCACCAGCGUCGCUACUCCGGGGAGGUUGUGCGAGUGUUUGUGGACUACAGCAACCCUGAGUACACUGGGGCACCUAAGUGAAUGCAUGAGUUUGUGGCAGAAACUGAAAGGGCCACAGCGAACUGUUCAGUGAACUUGCAGUGCUGCAGUCGUGAAGCGCCCAAAUCAAGACACACCUGCAGGUCCAUCAGGUGUGCUGCUGUUCAUGUGUGAUUUGACAUGUUGGCAAUGGCUUGACACGUUCAAAGCUCCAGCAUCUGUGUCGCAGUCGCCAGAAAGCCACGGACUACUGAAUGACUCAUUUAUGUCGACUUCAGAGUGCUGCCUCCUUGAGGUGCUCAUGCCAAGGUAUGCCCGCGGGUCCAUCGGGCAUGCCUGCACUGCCGUGCGGUUUGACAUUUGCAUUUGCUCAAAGAUCCUUCAGCAUCUGCGUCGUUGUAGUGGCAAAGCCAUGAGCCAUUGAACUACUCACGCACACACACUGUAUACCUGCAGGUCAAUCAGGUGUGGUGUGGCUUUUUGUUGCCCUUUGUCAGACACACUUCUGAACUUCAUGAAAUGUUCACGUUGUCACUGCUGCAUGCCGGUAUGUUCGGGAGGCACUGCGUUACUUACCACCAAGAAGCAGCAAUGCCGGCCGCUUGUGUAUGCCAACACCUGGUGCACUAAAAAAUGUACCUGCAACGCACUUAACCCUGUCACCAUCAGCUUGUCCCCUUUGUUGGGCAGGGAAUAUUUCAGGAUUCACAAACUGCUGGCAACUUCAAACAGUGAAAAAAGUGCAGGUAUUGUGAACAAGUGUGGUGAGGCAGUGUUUUCUGAUGUACUUGCACUUCCUGGCUCAUGGAGUCAAUGUCAGAAUGGCAUGAUAUACAAGUAUAUCAAAUAUGCUUGCGCUAUCACGUGCAUGCAAAGAGGAAGCACUCGUUUUGUGUGAGUGUGUGCGUGUGGCUGUGUGAUCCGCUAUCACACUUAACUGCACCAUAGGCUACCGCCUGGAGAAGCACGUUCCAUGGAAGGCUGCGGCAAGACCCUGCAAACUGUAAUGCAGUUUACCGUCCAUGGUACCACCCCUGCUACCUGGAGGUAAUCAGAGGGUUCUAAACUCAAACUACAGUCGGUGCAUAAAGCGAUAGCCCUAAGCACAAUGCCUGAAAGCAGGUAUCAAACAAACAAAAUAAGUACGCACACGUUAGCUUAGCACAUUAAAACUCAUUGUAUGUGCCAAGAGCAACUGUUGCAAGGCUCCACUACGCCUCACAACUGCCAAAAGAGCCAAGCACUGAUGAGCUGGGCUCUACAACGACUAUGUCUCAGGCUAUGCUAUGCUUCACAACUGCCCUCACAGCCAAGCACUUUUGAGUGAGGCAUUGCAUCUUAAGCAUGUGUGCCACAUACAUACUCUAAGCAAUCAUGCCAAACGUCAGUAUAGGAGCGUGGUUAAGAGGUCAGCUGGUGGCCUCAGGAAUGUCUGAAAAAGAAAAGCUAGAGAAAGCAAAGUGGUAAGCUACAUGCUGAAGAAUCGUAGUGUAGCUUCUAGAUGGCAUAGAAGGUAACUGGUAGAGAACAGCCUGUCUUUCCUAGCACUGUGUGAGUGUGACCUAAUGUAGUCAUCACGAUUGUGGACCCAUCCUGGUAUCUCUGUUUUUACGAGGUAUUUCGUGCUCACUUGCUUCCAGAGGUAUACUUGUUCUUAUAAGGUCACGGAUUGUGCUUCACAGACUGUGAAGGUAUAAAGAAUAGGCUGUCAGGUAAGGGUGGUUCCAUUCAGCAGGUUAUAGUGAAGUCGUAAAGAGUUUGUAAAUAGUGGCGUACAAGAAUGCACGGCAGACGUGCAGCUAGGCAUCUUGUUGUGAUAUAUUGAGCACUCGACGAGAAAUUAAAUAGCGAAGUCCACUUACCCAAUAGUAUAGACAUGUUAGUUCCUCUCUACUAAUCCUUUUUAGAUAGUGCACGACAGGGAGUCCAAUUAUAGUGAUCAAAUUGUUUGAGCAGACUGAAGUGCAUCACAUGCAGCAGACAGGAAAGCAUACAGGUGCAGGAUCAUCAGGUAAAAUUAACCAAAGUGUACAUGAGUCUUUGGAACACUGACACACACUGCACGUAACGUGGCCACACUAAGUUUCACAGCCACUUGGAGAGCAGCUGUGUUGUUUCAUUUAUGAUAGUUUCGACAAAACGGGAAUUCUCACUUUUAAAGCAAACUUGGCAAUAAUUGGUCAGGUGUGAAAAAGAGCAAUUGUAGAUAUCACACAAGGAAAUAUUUAGUAAAGCAAUUCUGGUACAUUAACAUGCCUUGAUUUAUAUGCUGAACAAGUUGAAGACAACUCUUAAUCGCUGUCAAAGCAUGUCUGUGCAAAAUGGUAUUGGUGCAACAGGCUUGUUGAAACAAAUAAAGGUGUCAAAGCAACA